UUCGCGGUGCUCUCUCUCAUUGUCCCGUUGUUCCGCCGCCGUCGUGUUUGCCGUUUACCGUUAACGGCUAAAAGGUUUUCGUUCUCGCUUUCGUUUCGGUGGCUAACUGUUGUUGUUGUUGUGCGGUGACCAAAAAAAAUUAAAAAAUAAGGCCAAAGGAUAUAAAGGAUAAAGGAUCAAAUGGCUAUAUAGUGCUAAAAACCAUCGCGUCCACACAAAACACGGCAAAUGGCAAGGCGGAGAAAUGACAAAAAAAAGGAGCAAUGCAAAUGGCAGAAGCCAAGGCCAAUGAAAAAUAGUUAAAUUUCUAGUUAUUUUUUAAUAAAAUAAAAUAUCACUUUACGUUCCCAAAGCAACGCAGUGCAAUAUAAAUUAGCCAAAAAUUAAAAAAAAAAAACACAAUAAACCCACAAGAUAAUAUUAAAUAAAUAUUAAUUAAUAAAAAAAGAGAGAAGAAAAAGGAGAGAAGAAUUUGGAAAAAGAGCUAUAGAAAAUAUCGAUUGGAGAAACUGGAUUUCGGCGAAAUUCCGGGCGCCAUGGUGGGCCUAUUGAAUCCAAUGAAGUACGGCGACCAUUUCUACGAGCUGUACACGAACAGUACACGCAGAAAACUCCAACAUGAACGAAAAGCCCUCACGAAACGCAAAAGUCGUAAGGAAAAGUCUGCUGCCGCCAUGGCUGCUGCUGCCGCUGCUGCGGUUCUGGAGGGGAAUGCCGGUGCCGGUGGUCUGGUGAAUCCUUUGGAUCCCCCACUAGUUAAGGAGCAACUGAUGAUAUUGCCCUCGUUCCCGGUGGCGCACAUAGAACUGGAUCCGAAUGCCUCCAAGUUUGCCGUCUUCUCGGCCAUUCGGUCCACGGUCUUGGAGGCGGAAACCCGCUAUGCCCUGUUCCAGGAGGGUGGUCCUAAUGGCGGGCAUUCCGGCUCCGGGUCGAAGAAAUGGAGGGGAGGACCACUUAGCUCCUCCUGUUGUGCCAUGUGCGAGCAUAGUUGCAUGGCCAGCAAUAUCCUGGACUGCUCCUGCCAUGCCCAGUUGGCGUUGGCGGCGGCGGCAGCAGCUCCCGCCGGCGGGGAUGGUGGACGGAUGGCUCCGGGCGGGCCGCCAGCACCGGCACCUGUUGUUGUUGGCGGUGGACCAGGAUUGCCGGGCAGCGAGAAGAGAUCGCGCCGGGAUAGCGCCAAUAGUGAUGCCGAUUCGGACACGGAGGAGCCCACCGAACGGGAGCCGGUCUAUGCCACUGUGCCCCUGAUCGUGGGCGCCGGGCUGAGGAGUCUCUUCGAGCUGAUAGCCGACGCCCGUCACGUCCAUCCCCUGCUCUGCACCAAGGCGCUGAAGGCCCUCCUCGACGUCAUCCAGGGCCAGCAGCCGGAGAGCUUCAAGCUGGAACCGGAGGAGCUAAUCAAUCCUUUGUAUGACCUGCUGCUGGAUCUGGCCACCAUGCCGGCGGCCCUCAACUCGGCCACCGGAGCGGAGGCCAACUGGUCGGCCAUGGCCUGUGCCGCCCUCCUCGGCCUGUGCAUCGCACGCGGCGACACCGGCAAGAUGCUGAAGGCCAUCGCCGCCAUGCUGAUGACUCCGCGCCAGCUCUCCGCUCAGAUCGUCCAGCUGCCGGUGGUGCUGGCCACUCUGCAGCACACGGUGAUCAGUGCGGCGCUGAACAAGCCCACCCGGCCGGACUUCCAUAGCCACGGAGUGCCGCACAACUCGCUGAUUGACGAGUUCCCAUUGAAGCUACCACACCUUGGGGGAAGCGGAGCUCCCACAACCGCACCCGCCAUGGCCUGUGACGGGGUCUUUGUAUACUUACUGUACGGCGGAACGCUGCUGAAGAUCGGCACUGGGUUCGGGGGCUCCUACAAGGGUCAUGUCUAUGCCCAGAACGAGGACUUUAGUCGGGAGCGCAGUGCCUGGCUGGGAUACAGUGGCGGGCAGUUGUACUUCCGGCGGACUUGCCGACGCAGUGCCGGGGAUCAGCUGCAGCUGGUGGGUCUGGACACGCUGGCCAUCAAGGCGAUGAGUCCCCUGAGCAUGCUUCAUAUGCGCGAGGGCCUCAACUAUGUCCUCUUCACGGAUGACGACUCCUUGCACGCCAUUUGCAGCAAUCGGGAUGACACUCUGGUGGUGAAGAAACUGAACCUCUACCACAACAGCUACAACAGCGAUCCGCCGCCGUUCGAGCUGCCCCUCCAGCUGGCCAGGAAGAAGUUCCGCACCCUGGGCUAUGCGGCCUUCGAGGACGAGCUGCUCAACCAGCACCAGAUCCAGCGCAUCCAGUCGGCGCACAACAGCUUCGAGCCAAAGCUACCGGCUCCGUGCCGGGACUCGGACGUGGAUGUCCUGGGCAUGGCCUGCGGCAAGGAGUUCGGCCUGGUGCGGGCCAGCAACGGACGGGUCUACUACUACGGCAAGUCGGCGGCCCUGGGCCUGAAGUGCGUGGGUCGGACACCGACCCUCAAGCUCACCGAACUGAUCAUCUCCAAGGCGGCCAACAUAGUCCAUGUGGCGGUGGGGCAUGACGGCAUCCACGCCCUGCUGGUGAACGAUGACGGAACCGUUUACUUUGCUGGGACGGCACGACGCGGUGAGGAUGGGGACAGCAGCAAGAACCGGCGACAACCCAAGGCCGUGAAGCCCAAGAAGAUGACCAAGAUCGAUGGACAUGUCGUGGUGCAUGCGGCCUGCAAUAAUGGCACCUCCGCCUUCGUCACCAAGAACGGGAAGCUCAUCAUGUACGGCAAGGACACGGCCCACUGCGACGCCAUGGGCUUCGUUAGCGAACUGCUGGACCAGCACGUGACCAAGGUGGCGCUGGGAAAGGCCCAUUGUGUGGCCCUCAACGCCAAGGGGCAGCUGUUCUCGUUCGGGCUGAACAACAAGGGUCAGUGCGGCAGGAUAUUCAACAAGUUGCAGCCGGUCAAGGAUGUGCCAUCGUUCGCCUCCUCCUCCUCGGCGGCUGCCGCCUGUUUUGCAUCCUUGCUGCCACUGGACAAGCGCCUCAAGCUCGACUUCUCCACGCUGUGCGACUACGACGACCACAAUCUGGUGCAGGGCCAGUGCCGGGUGUGCGUCAUCUGUCGGGAGUGCACCGGCUACAAUGUCAGCUGUGUCUCGGCCUUGAACGUGCCCCUGGAGCAGCGGCAGGCGGGCAGCAUCUGCCCCUGCGGUCAUGGGGAUGCGGGCUGUGCCAAGUGCGGCCUGUGCGCCUCCUGCAUCGCCCUCCAGGACAACGAGAGCACCAAGAUCGAGAUGAAACCUCUGCCCAGCGACGUCCAGCAGCGACAGCAGCGCUCCAAGACCCUCAUCAUGCGGCGGAAGGAGCGCAAGGGCGAACUGGAGACAGGGGCGGCCGGCGGUGGAGCUGCCACGCCCACCGACCUGGACAAAGAUCCGCCUCGAGUGGCGCCACUAGCACCGCAACUCCUGCAGCUGCCCAGUUCCUCGCCGGUGGUCCAGGUGGCCUGUGGACUCCACCACACGGUGGUGCUGACGCUGGCCGGCGAGGUGUACACCUUUGGGAGCAACCAGUACGGCCAGCUGGGCAGCGGCGACCUGCAGCCGGUGAGCGGUCCUGUGCGCGUCCAGGUUGCGGGCGCCAUCAGCCAGGUGGCUGCCGGAAGCAACCACACCGUCCUGCUGACCUCCAAGGGCAUGGUGUACACCUUCGGCAACUACCAGAAGGGGCAGCUGGGUCGCCUGCCCAGCGACUUUGGUCCGAAGCCGCAGACAUCCUCGGUAUCCGGCCAGGAAGAUGAAUCUCCGGUCGGAGGAGCACCCCCAGCUGGCGGGGAGCCGGCCAAGGACGCUGUCCUGCCCGGCGGCUCCAAGGAACUGCCCCCCUUGAUGCCCAACUUGAGCGGCCCCAUACUCACCCAGCGGCAGAAGUUCCUCUGGAACUGCUCACCCGGAGCCGUGUUCGGCCUGGGUCCUAGCUAUGGGAAGAAGGUGACCUGGAUCGGAGCCAACGGAGAUCAGACCUUCAUCAAGAUAGACGAGUCCCUGAUCACCGCCCAGAUGCUGCCCAAGAUGCACGUGGUGGCCAACAAGAAGACCAUUUUGCUCAUCCCCAGCAUCCCGCUCUCCUUCCACACGCUCUCCAUCAACCGGCGGGACGGCAGCUGCACGGCCCACUAUCGCGGCCAGACCAACUUCGACCAGCUGAUGCAGGCCCAGCCGCCGGGCCAGCCGCUCCAGGAGAUCAACCGGAACGUGGACGUGGUGGUGACACCAGUGGCCAGCGAUCCACCGCCUGUGCCAGCCACUGGCUCCUCCUCUUCGCUGUUCACCGCUCUGGCGGGCACGGCCACGGCCGGAGUGCCCAUCAACGAGCAGAUGUCGCGGAGCAUGCACGAGGGCCGGAAUCAGAUAUUCGAAGAGCAGCAAGUCGAUGGCGGUGGAGGAGCAGCGGCCCCGAGUCCAGCAGCAGCAGGGACGGCCUCUACUCCGCGCCAGCGCCGCGGCGUCGUCAGUGGAGGCGGAAGGCAAAGCCGGCAGGAGGCCGGAGGAGGCUCCAACUCCCCGGAUCCGGUCGCGUCGCCGCCACAACUCGCCUUCGCCAUGGAUCCCACCUACAAUGUGCUCUGGGUGUUCGAUGGAGUGUCCAGGAAGCUGCGGUGUCACAAUGUGGUGGCCAGCGACAUCAACGAAAACGAUGGGAACUCUGCCAACUACCGGGCACUGCUCUCGCCGGAACUAUCGCUGCCCAGCCGCCCGGACUCGCGGGUGGCCAGGUCGCAGGCCUCGCUCAACCUCCUGGCCUGCCUGGACAUCCUCACCUCGGCGCAGGACAACAUCCCCGGCUGCUUCGAGCAGCCGCUGCCCAAGCAGACGCAGCAGACGGCGGAGACGCAGAGCGGCGGCGACUACCAGGUGGUCAGUCGGUUCGACAACUUCGGCGGCGGUUGGGGCUACUCCGGACACAGUGUGGAGGCCAUACGGUUCGCGGCGGACACCGACAUUGUGAUCUGCGGCUUCGGGAUGUUUGGCGGCCGGGGGGAGUACAGCUGCAAGCUGAAACUGUAUGAUCUGGGCGGAGAUGGCGGUGGCUACGAGAAGGAGGGCGUCCUGAUCAGCGAGACCAAGGAGGUGCCGUACGAAUGCGGGGCGCGGAGCAAGCAUCACAUCCUGCUACCCAAGCCAGUGAGUGCCGCGGCCGGACGCUGGUAUCUGGUGUGGGCGCGCAUAGCCGGACCCUCGUCCGAUUGCGGUUCCUGCGGCCAGGCAUCCGUCACUACCGAGGACCAGGUGGUGUUCUCCUUCAAGAGCAGCAAAAAGGCCAACAACGGCACCGACGUCAACUCCGGCCAAAUACCCGCCAUCCUCUACCGCCUGGUCACCCAGGACUGUAAGCAAACCCCGGCCCAAAUGGACGCCGAUCCGGUCCAGAAGAUAUCGCGCGCCUUCGCCAAUAGCGUUAGUCGGGAGUGCUUCGAGAGUCUGGUGGUGUUGCUCAGCUGGUCCUGGGACUGUUUCAAGACGCAGUUGCGUGAGGAGAGGGAUCGGACUCGGCCCCUGCAGCUCCAACAGUCGCUGCAGUACCUCGGCUAUGUCAUCAAGUCCUGUUUGAGAUUGCUGCGAAAGUACACCAACGAGAUAUAUCCGCAGAAGAGCUCCUCCUCCUCCUCCAAUGGGGUAUCCAAUGCCCUGGCCAAGUCAAAAGGAAAGACAAAAGACAGGAGCCAUAUCAAGGGCCACCUCAUGUCGAAGUACUAUGGGGACUCGUCGCCAUCUUCGAUGCCAUCUGUAUCAUCUGGCAUCAUGGCUGCGGGCGCGUCCUCGUCCUCCUCCUCAGCGGCUGCCUCUGGUAGUUCGACUUCUGGGGGGGUUCUACUAUUUUCAUCGUCCGCACAGGCGACUGGAGGCACUCCGCUAACUCUCCGUAAGACCAAUAUGGAGAAUAUUCAGCUAGCGGAAUGCAUCGGUAAUGUACGGGCUCUCCUCAUUGGCAUCUUUUGUGAUGACAUCUUCAAGGAUAUAGCCACAGAUGAAGGUUAUGUUCUAGUGUUGGAAAUCCUGGACGAGUGCCAUCUGAGCUUUGUGGCCUGUUUCGAUGCCUUCUAUCCGACAUCCUCGCUGAAGUGGAACUGCCUGUGCGACCUCCUGGCCCAGAUGGAUCGCGGAGCUUUGCACUCCCGGCUGUUGAGCGCCAUACUGGCGGGUCUGUGCUCCCCCAACGUCAAGCUGCGGGCCACAUUUUCGCUGCUGAGUGCCGCCGGCAACGAGAGGCAGUCCAUCAUCAGUCCGAGUGACAACUCCGGCCUGCCCAUGCUCUCGUCGACGGAGGCCCAUCCGUAUCCGAUACUCGUCGAACAGAUGAUAUACCGGACGCAGCAGGAGAAGAGCGACUUUCUGAGCAACUCGUGGACCUUCAAGGAUGUGCUGGUGCGGCUGCUGGACAUCAUAGCCAGUCCGAUACGUUCCCGGAUCGAGGCCAUCUAUAGCCGGAGCUUUGGCAGCCUGGGCGGCAGCUAUCCUGGCGUCGGCAAAGAGUGUGGCGUGAACCAGGGACUGAUCGACAAUUGCUGCCAUCUGCUGGCCAGAGUUCUGGCCGAGAUCGUUUACCAGACGGCGCUGGGAGAGUACGACAAGAUGUUCCUGCCGCCACGUACCCUCCACUCCACGGGCUCCCGGUUUGCCCGCUGCGACGUGAGCCGUACCUGGAACACGGGGAACUUCGGCCCGGAUGCCAUUGCCUUCUCGGUGGACAGACCCGGAGUGGCCAUAGCCGGUGCCAUGAUCUACUCCGGCUCCGGCAGCUACGACUACCAGCUGGAGUUGCUGUUCGACAAUACGGCGGACCUGCAGCCGCAACACAAGUGGGAGACCCUGGAGUCGGUGUCCGGCACCUACGACCAGGAGGCGGUGCACAACGAUCUGGCGGAGAUCAAGUUCGAUCAUCCGGUCCACAUCAAGGAGAACGCCCGAUAUGCCCUGAGACUGUGCUCGCAGGGCGCUAGGACGUGCUCGGGCGAUGCUGGGAUGCCGGUGGUCCGAGGACCGUGUGGCACCCAGUUCCAUUACUACGCCUGCGACUUGAGCUUCAAUGGAACGACUCCGGCCCGGGGACAACUGCCCUGCAUCCUCUACUACAGCACGCCCGUAAAGCAGGACGUUGGUGGACCAUCGGGACGAGGAGGAGGAGUGGCUGGAUCAUCUACAGCACCCGGCGGAGGAGCACCAUCCAUCCCGGAAGAUAGGCAGCUGCUGUUGGGCCCCCAUGAGGUGUCCACUCGGGAUACUGCCCUCCAGAUAGCCGCUGACAUAACCAAGAAAUGCACCGAGCUGUUGAUUCUGGCCAGGAACGCCAUGGCCGCCUCGUGCUCCCCCUCGGACAACAGCUCCAAUCACACCCAGACCAUCGACUCGGAGCACAACAUCACGCCCAUCGAGGAGCACAUGGACAUCAAUUGGGCCAACAAUUCGCGGACAGCCGCCCUGCCACCGACUGUGGUUGUGGAUCCGCAGCUGUCCACCGCCCGGGACCUGGGCAAGCGCAUUGAGUCCUUCUCCAAGGGCAUCAUGGAGACCCUCAAGUUCGACAAGCGCUCCACGAAUCCGUUCGAGAUGGAAAUCGAGAUCGGAGCCACGGAAAUCGGGGUGGAGGACACGGCGGCCGACUUACGGAACGGUCAGAGCCAGAGUCAGUGCCAGAGUGUGCCCAUCAAUGGCAACGAACGGACCACGGACUACGACCUGGCCGAGCAAUCGAUGGCCCAGCAGAUCCAGCACUCGGACUCGGAGGAGGCGCCCCUGGAGGCGGCCGCCAGCGGUGGAGGAGGAGGCGGUGGUGUUGGGAAUGUGUCCAGCCAAGUGGCGGCCGUCCAGCUGCUCGAGGUCUUCAAUCGUUCCGCCUCCAACAUGUUCCACAUACUGCUGCCGCUGGUCUAUGCCCACAUUGCCAAUCUGGCGUGCAGCGAUCCCAAGAGUUCCGUCCAGAUCCUGGGCCUCAUCAAGGAGAUACUCCCGCACAUUGCCGCCCUGAACCAGCUGCACGUGUCCAAGGAGCAGCGCCAGCCGGAGCCGGCUCUGUUUCCCACCUCCGGCUCAUCUGGCUCGUCCAGCUCCGCCAGCUCCACCACUAGCAACCACUACUGCAUCGUGGAGAGCGACCAUCCGUACCGGAGUGCUAGCAUCAGUUGCUACCGCGUCGAGUUCCCGCCCUGCGUUCAGUGGCUCACCAUCGAGUUCGAUCCGCAAUGUGGCACCGCCCAGCUGGAGGACUACCUUCUACUGUCCAUCCCGAUGAGACCGCCACCAUCGCCGGCCCAAAUGCAGGCUGGCUGCCAGGCGGAGGAGUACUGCGAGCAUCUCGAUGCCCAGGGACAGGAGAGAAGGCGCCCAGGAACGGGAGGGUCCACUGGUGGCGGUGCAGGCACAGUGAAAUCUGCUGGCGUCCAACUCACCAUGGCCAGUUGCUGUCGUUCGCCCGGAAAUCUUCCCGGGAGUGCCAUUCCCCUGCGCAGUCAGGACACCACAGAAAGGGAGUGGAUUAUGGUCAAGAAAUUCAAUACCGCCUCCAACUGGCUUCAGAAUGUCCUAAUCCUGCCCGGCAACUGUGUGGAAUUCUCGCUGGAAACUGCCUCCUUGUACGCCCAAGAUCCGCACAACAAUCGCUAUGGCUUCAAGUGCCUGGUGGUGGGAUACGACAAUCCCACAGCGAUCAAUGCCAGCAACUCGUGUCUGAUACGUUUGGAGCAGGAACUGGCCUAUUUGGGGGGCAUGUGUAGUGCGAAUCUGAUGAAGAAGGAACUGAAUCUACCAGAUGACAAGGAUGUGGAGGAUAUGAGUGGCAUUGAGGAGACGAUCAGCGCCCAUCAUGCCUUGCUCUCGAAGGGAUUUGCCUUGUCGGAGCCUCACCUGACAGUGCAUCAGGCCUUGGAGUCAUAUCUACCUAUAGGAUCGCAAUCAAAUGAACGACAGUUCCUUAAGGACUUUAUUAGCGGGGCACCCGGAUCAUCGGGGGCUCGAUUGGCGGCCUGGUUGCAACCAGAGUCACGCUUGGAUCCCAAUAGGUGCGAGCUCAACACCAUUACGGAGCCCCUGCGUUACGGAUGGCCCACUCAGGUAACGGUGACCAUACGGGAUCAGUACGGCGAUGCUGUCCUGGUGCCAGAACUGAAAGUGGAAAUAAAGGCUAUACCCACGGGUUCGGGUCCGAAUGGAACAACUGGAACGGGAGGAUUUGGACCGCCAGGAUCAACGUUGCGCAUGCGCAGGGCCUCCUGCUCGGCCGGUGACUUGGGCGGCAUGGCACCGCCACCGCGUCUCAAUUACGAACCCACCACCAAGGAGAAGAUGUGCUUCAAGGCCAUCACUUUCAUGAAGCCCUUCACCAACUACUCGUUUGAGGAAUUGCGCUACGCCAGUCCCAUACAGACACGGAUCACCGAAUCCCUAAAUGCCCGGGACAUGGAGGAUGGCACCUUCAGUGUCCAAUGGACGCCCAGUUCGGUGGGCGGUUAUUGUCUGGCGGUCACCAUUGACGGUAUACCCCUAGAGGAAGUCUAUCGGGUGGAAGUCAAAGAGGGUGUCCUGCCACCGCCCACCCAAAGGAGUAGUGCCCAGCUAAGGCCACAGGCACCCAGUAAGCUGCGACGCUUUCAGGCUCGUCACAGUUCUGGCUUAAGAAUCCGUUCCCAUCCCACCCUGCAGUCCGAGCAGGUGGGCGUGGUUCGGGUGGGCGGAGUCAUAUCGUUUAUCGAUGAAAUCGAAAACGAUGAUGGCAUUUGGCUGCGUCUUUCCACAGAGUCCAUCCGCCAGCACUGCACCAUGGGCUGGUAUCCGACAGAGGCCUGGUGUUUGCAAUUCAAUCAGCAUUUGGCCAGGACGCUACUUCAGCCAGUGGCGGACAAGGAGGUGGCGCCCGCGACGAGAAAAACCAAACAGCAGCAGCAGCAGCAGUCGGAGAAUCCGGAGGAGGAGGAGGAAGAGGCGCCGCCGGAAAGUCCAACGGCAAGUGGUGAAGCCAGUCCGGAACCGGAACAAGAACCCAACCGGGAUCCCAGUCCCGUGUUGAGUCCAACAAAGUCGAAAAAUCGUAGCUUCCUGUCCGGUUCCUCGUCCACGAAUCCAUUUUUGUAUCCCUCGAGACCCGAACGGGAUCUGGAGCUGGAUGAGGAGGCGGAGCUUAAAGGCCAGGAGAAUCCCGAGGAGGCAGCCAACGCGGAAGAAGAUUCAGAGGAUCAGCAAAAGGAGCAGGAGCAGGAAGCCCUGGCAGCCGUCGCCACGGAGCUGCUGCCGGCCAAUAUUGGCUCGGCCAUAGCUGGUGUGGUGGGCGGGGGCGCCAUCAAGUUGCAGGCCCUCCAGAAAUGGUUCAAGGGCGACGCCGUGGAGGGAGCCCAACCGCUGACACCGUCGCAUUCGCCGCCCUUGGCCGGAGUAUCGGUGAGGGAACUGGUACGCGCCAUGGGCGGUCAGGAGGCCGCCCCACGGAGCGGCAAUGGCAAUCGGGGCAGGGAGCGGGAUCGCGAUAGAGAUGCGGAGCAGGAGCCGGAGUUCAGCCUGGCCAGCAUGAGGAGACCCAAUUACUCGGCCAGCCAAACAGCCGCUCUCCUAUCCACUCCAAAGCACACGCCCAAGCGAAGUGCCGCCUGCAUCCUGCCCACGGACGCCGCCAAUCUCGAGGAUGAGAUGAGCCUCCUGCAGAUAACCACCACGGGACAGGGCGAACAGCAAAGCUGCGAGCUGCAGCUGGCCACCACAUCGACCUCCGCCACGGCCUGCAUAUUAUCCACCAAACGGAGCAUGGGUCCCAUCAAGAGGGCGAUGCCGCCAUCCUUCGCCGAAAGCAUUAGGGCCGUAUUCGCUGCCCUCCUUUGGCACGAGGGCAUCGUCCACGAUGCCAUGGCCUGCGCCAGUUUCCUUAAAUUCCAUCCAGGACUGCCCAAAGAAGGCGCCACCGUGGUAACACGGCGCGGCGAGGGCGGAGAUGCCCGUCUGCAGCUAUCGAGGGAACAAAAGGCCCAGCAGAGGCACUCCGUCGAGGUGGCCAAUGCCGGUAACUACCUAAACAUCCGACCAUCCACCCUGGAGACGCUCACCAAGAGCGGCAACUGUUCGCUGCACAAUCGGAGCAAGCACCGGAAGAACUUGCUCAAUCAGGGCGGCGAGGAUCCCGCCCAGAAACUGCAGGCUCUGCCGGAAGUUGUGAGUGUCCUGCCGCCAGCACUGCGCUGUCUGGUCUAUCUCUGGGAACAGAUAUGUUCCGGCUGUGUCCAGAUAGUCCAGUCCAAUGCCCUGGAGCAGCGGGAGCCGCGUCUGCUCUCGCCCGGCGGAAGUCGGGACACGAAUGGUGGCGACGGGGAAACCGACUCCAAGGAGGGCAAGUCGGGAAGCGAUCACGGCGCCAAUAACGAGAAGGAGCUGGGCCGAAAGUGCAAGCGGAAGAAGAAGGACGACGGCAGCUGGUGCGAGAUCUGUGAACUGUUCCUGCCCAUGCCGGUCACCUAUCACAUGCGGAUCGCCCAUCCCGGAUGCGGCAAGUCGGCCAAGGGCAAGGGCUACAACUCCGUGGGCAUUUUCUGCGAGGGCUGGGCCGGCAACUGUGGCGAGGGCGGCAAGGGGGCCUCGUCCUGGUUCUUGAUGUGUGAUCCCUGCCGGGAUCGGUAUCUAUCGUCCUGUCGCAGCGUCAACAACAUCAACAGCUCGGCCCGCCAGCAGGAGUCUCUGGCCACAGAAGGCAACGAACUGAAUCUCUUCGGCGUAAAGUCCACAACCCUGAUAGCCAAUGCCGAAGUGUACACCACCAUGCGGGAGAAUGCCACCUUCCUGCUGGAGCUCUGCUCCAGUUCCAGCUCGGCGACGGUGACCGGAUCGGGCGCUGGUAUCGGUCCCGCAUCUGUUACGGGAAGCGGAAGCAAGCGAUCACCACAACAGAUGUCCGCCGGCAUGCCCGUGGUCAUUGAACACCAUCACUCCCAGCUGGGCAACUCGGACCUCAAGCCGAGCACCAGUCGGUGCAGCCGGAUGGCCCGGCUGAGUGGCAGCAAGUUCUGUCCGGUCGGUGGGGCUUUCCGGAAGAGUUUCGUGGGAGCACCGCCAGCGACGCCGGAGAACGUGUGGCUGGCGCCGGAAAGCUUUGCCUGCCUGGAGUGCCUGGGCACGGCCGGGCACGAGGAUCUGCCCUACGAGAUGUUCGGUUUGGGUCCCAACUCCAAUGACAAUGGAUACGACAGGCCCCUGUCGGAGAUCUCCUACGAAUCCUGCGAACCCAACAACUUUGACAUGCUCUCCGGAUCUCUAGCGGCUGGAGGAGGUGCUGGCUCGUCUGUCAGUGCCGGCGGCAACCUGUCCAAGUUCCAUCGCAGCUACUCCAUGGGUCAGGGAUGGGCGGCACUGGCGCAGCAGCAGCAUCAGCAGAUGAGUCACCAUCCGCAGCAGACGCCACCUGCUCCGCCGUAUGCGCCCCAGCAACAGCAGCAGCAGCAGAUGCACCUGCAACUCCAGCACCAGCAACAGCCUCUGCUGGAGGGCCAGCCCAAGGUGGUUUAUCGGCGUAGGAACAACUCCACCAGCGAGGGCGAUGGCUCCCUGCUGAUCUGCUAUCCUUCGGAGCAUUUGCGGCGCCUGGUGCCCCAGAAACUACUGGCCAGUGUUUCGGUGUUGCAGCAAGCAGCGGCAGCCGUGGCAGCAACCACAGCAGCAGCAGCAACAUCGGCUGCUGAGGUUUCUGGCAAGGAUCACCCCGUGUCGCAGGAGGGCAGCCAGUUGCUGACCCGCCCGGCCAUGGCGUUCAUCACCCAGAAGCACGAGCUGGACAGGCUGAGGGCUGCCAUGAAACGGAGUCUCCGGAUAGCCGCCUGUCGCAUAUAUGCCCUCCAGGCCCUCAACUGGCUGCUGAGAAGCGUCACCCAGGGCGUGUGCCUGCACGAUCUAAUGUGGUGGUUCGUCAGUUCACUGGCCACCGCCGGCGGUGGAGGUCACACCCCGGAGGGCAGCAGCAGGCUGCCAGAAGAGUCUUCGGAGCCCGCCCUGGAACAUCCCGUGGCCUACACCCAGAUCAGUGGCAAGUUCGCCCAUCUGAUCACCCAAUCCCUGCACGUACUCCUCCAAUCCGUGGCGGAUCUAACGCUGCACCUGCCCCUGGGCUCUCCGCUGCAGCGCGUGGCGAUCCAGUGCUUUGGCAUCCGUUUCCGGCAGGCCGAUCACCAGUUCCUGCACAGCUCCCAUGUCUUUGGGAAUAUAUCGAAGAUACUGUCAAAGUCGGACGAACAGAACGACGCGAUGGCGGUGUCCAACAUCCUGAAGGCGGAGAAUCACUGCGAUGCGGAGCACAAUCAGGUUAGCUUGGCGCCAGCAGGAGCCACUGGAGCCGGAGCCCGGGUGCUGUGCUACACGGAUCUGGGCGGCAUGUUCGAGGUCACUGUCUCCUCGCGUCCAGCGAUGGCCGAAUCCCUGACCGACAACUCAACGGAAACGUUUUGGGAGAGCGACGAGGAGGACAGAAACAAGUGCAAGAUCAUCGAGCUGUCCCUGACGAAGCUGAACUAUGCCUGUCGGUAUUUGUUGGUCCACAUCGAUAAUAGCAGGGAUAUACAGAACAAAGUCCUCAACGUGGUUUUCUAUGCUGGGCAAUCCCUGGGCGAUACCAAUGUGCUCAAGUCCGUGGAUGUGGAUCCCAAGGCCUGCUCCUGGAUCUCGGCCAAGAUAAGCGACGAUACCUGCACCCACUUCCGCUUGGAGCUGCACGGCCCGGAGAAUACGCUGCGAGUGCGUCAAAUCAAGUUGCUUGGCAUGCCCACGGGCAGUGGAGCCAGUGGUGUCCCAGAGGAGGAUCACAAGCACCAUGCCGGCCACCAUCAUCACCAGCAGCCCCAUCUGCGCUUGAGCCAUGCCGCCCGCAUCCAGCAGCAGAUCUGUGAAGCGGAAACCUUGAGGGUUUUCCGGCUGAUAACGGGUCAGGUCUUUGGGAAAUUAAUCAGCAACGUGGGCUCGGAUUUGGUGCCACCGGACUCCGCGGGUCUAGUGCCGCCCAGCAGUGCUGGCGCCACCAAUAGUAGCUCCCUGCUGGCAGACUCUCUGGACCUGCGGGAGCAUAUGGUGGGCAUACUGUUCUCCAGGAGCAAGCUUUCGCAUCUCCAGAAACAGGUCAUCGUGCACAUCGUCCAUGCCAUUAGGAAGGAGGCACAACGAGCUAAGGAGGACUGGGAGCUGGCCAAUCUGGCGCACGUCCUCAAGCAGCCACCACAGGCCCUGCAAGCACCUGCCCCCAAUCCGGCCCCAGCCAGUGCCGAAAGUACUCCGGAACGAAGCCGAGCUCCGGAUACCUAUUGCUUCGAAAUGUUAAGCAUGGUUCUGGCCCUAUCCGGCAGCGUUGUGGGUCGCUCGUACCUAUCCCAGCAGCACGGGUUGCUCCGCGAUCUUCUGGGCCUCCUGCACACCGGAAGCGAUCGGGUGCAGCGUCAGGUGACGGCGCUACUACGUCGCAUCCUGCCGGAGAUCACACCGGAAAGCUUCGCGGAUCUGUUGGGUGUGCAGCGUCUGCCGCCGGCGGACUACAGCAUCGCCCAUCAGAGUGCCAGUGAUUUCGACAUGAGCCGCCUGGGGAUCCUCGAUAUAUUCCUGGCCGUGAUAGCCAAGUCUCUGCAGCUGCAGGUUAAAGUGAAGACAACAGCGGGCUCCGGAGGAGGAGCAACUGGAGCCGGAGGUGCAGGGUCAUCCGCCCUCAAAGCAGGACAGCAGGAGAAGACUCCGGCGUUUGUGCGACUCUGCAGUUCUCUGGAUCUUUCCGUGCAACAGCUCCAGCGAUCAUCCAGACCGCCAACUGGCGAGCACACCGCAACCACCGAUCCCUUCCAGUUCGAGGCAGUGCCACCAGUGCCGCGUAAAGAGUCCAAACGGAAUCUCAAUCAGCGAUGGUUCCUCAACGGUGUGAUCUCCACCAAGCAGGCAGAGAGCAUUAUCGGACUAAUCCGGGACCUGGCCAGCGGAAAGCUAAGCGAAAAGUGGUCCCAAAUCACCAAGGCAGCCAUUGCCGAGUCCGUUCUGAAUCUGACCCGCCUGGAGGAGAUCUAUCGCACGCCGGAGCACUGCACCAAGACGGCCACUCUCUGGCUGGCUCUGGCCAGCUUGUGUGUGCUGGAGCGAGACCAUGUGGAGAAGCUAUCCUCAGGACAAUGGUCCAAGCUGUGCGACACUCGGCCGUUGUGUAGCAACCACGACGAUGGGGAGACGGCGGCCAUCAUUCAGUGCGAAACCUGUGGAUCCUUGUGCGGCGACUGUGAUCGCUUUCUGCACUUGAAUCGCAAGACGAGAACCCACAAAAGAACGGUCUGCAAGGAAGAGGAGGAGGCCAUAAGAGUGGAGCUGCACGAAUCCUGCGGUCGGACUAAGCUCUUCUGGCUGCUGGCCCUGGCGGAUUCCAAAACCCUCAAAGCUAUGGUGGAGUUCCGGGAUGGCAGCCACACCAUCAUCUCGGGACCCCAGGAGGCAGUGGGUCGGUGUCGAUUCUGUGGCCUUACCGGCGAUUCUGGUCUGCUGGAGAUUGGAAAUGUGUGCGCGGAUGCCCAGUGCCAGGAGUAUGCGGCCAAUUCCUGCCUAAAGACGAAGCCCUGUGGACAUGCCUGUGGAGGCGUGGCCGGAGAGCGAAAGUGCCUGCCGUGCUUGCAACACGUAUGCCAUGCCAGGGAGAACGAACUGGCGGAGGAGUUGAGGGAUCCGAAGCUCACCCAAGAUGCGGAUGACAUGUGCAUGAUAUGCUUUGUGGAAGCAGUCUCCUGUGCUCCCGCCAUACAUCUGGAAUGUGGUCAUGUGUUCCACUACCAUUGUUGCAAGGCGGUGCUGGAGAAGCGCUGGAGUGGCCCACGCAUCACCUUCGGCUUCUCGUUGUGUCCCAUUUGCAAGGCGGACAUUCAGCAUCCUCUGCUGGCCGAUAUCCUGGAGCCCAUCAACUCCCUAAAGCAGGACGUAAAGCGAAAGGCCCUGAUGAGAAUCAAGUACGAGGGCGUGGUCAAGGACACGGAAAGCAAGGACAUCAACAUGACCCAACUGGCCAUGGAUCGGUAUGCCUACUAUGUUUGCUUUAAAUGCCAGAAGGCCUACUACGGCGGCGAGGCUCGAUGCGAUGCGGAAAUUGGCGAGAAAUUCGAUCCGGAGGAGCUCGUGUGCGGCGGCUGUUCGGAUGUGGCCCGGGCUCAGAUGUGUCCGAAACAUGGCACCGAUUUCCUGGAGUACAAGUGCCGCUACUGCUGCUCGGUGGCGGUCUUCUUUUGCUUUGGAACGACCCACUUUUGCGACACCUGCCACGACGACUUCCAGCGGCUGACAAACAUACCCAAGGUGAAGCUGCCCCAAUGCCCGGCCGGACCCAAGGCCAAGCAGCUGCUGGGCGACGAGUGCCCGCUCCAUGUGAUGCAUCCGCCCACCGGCGAGGAGUUCGCCCUGGGCUGCGGUGUUUGCCGCAAUGCCCAAACAUUUUAGCCACAUGCAGGACUAAGAUCCAAGGAUCACAAGGACGAGGUCGACGACGAGGAGGAGGACGACGACGAUGAUGACGACGAGGAGGAGGUGUCACCACCCACCUGGAUGGGUCUAUGGUCACUCUCCGACGACUCCCAGACAUACCUGUAAAGGAAUCGUAAUCCUUCCUGACAUUCCAUUAACUCAUCGGAGAAAAAAUAUUAAAUCGGACGCGGUUAUAGAUAUUUUCUAGGCUAGUAGAUAUUGGACGAA